AUGAAUUCAAUAGGGUUUUUCAUUCAGCAAAACCUAGGAUUUAAUGAGUCUGAUGUUUCAGAGGUGUCACCAUGUAAGCGUUACGUACAUUACAAGAAACUCUUGGGAAGAGGGGCAUUCAAAGACGUCUACGGAGGUUUCGAUCGGGCUAGUAAUACAGAAAUUAUGUGGUGUCAAAUCUGUAUUGACGAUGAAAAUAUGAUGGAAGUCUUUGGCGAACGAAGAAAAAUUGUGUUUCGAGGCUGUUUUAUUGAAGUCAUUGAAUCACAAAAAGAUCAUGAAGUCAAUAUUGAUGUGCAAACAAUCAAGAACUGGGGGAGACAGAUUUUACAAGGGUUGGAGUAUCUUCACAACCAAAACCCGCGUAUUAUUCAUCACGAUUUGAAGGGAGAUAACAUCUUUAUCGACAUGGCUACUGGCAAAGUAAAGAUUGGAGAUUUUGGUUUAGCAACUUUUAUGCAAGCAGGCCACCUUUGCACUGUUGUUGGAACACCAGAAUACAUGGCACCAGAAUAUUAUGAUGAGUAUAAUGAGUUAGUUGAUAUCUAUGCUUUUGGCAUGUGUUUACUGGAAUUAACCACUUUUGAACAUCCCUACAGUGAAUACGCAAAUCCGGCACUGAUUUUCAAGAAAGUCACUACUGGUAUACAGCCUCUUGCUCUUGGUAAAAUUAAGGAUCCUGAGGUGAAGGAGAUUAUAGAAAAAUGCCUAGUUUCUGCAUCAAAUAGGCCAUCAGCUGUAAACCUAUUCAAGGAUCCGUUCUUCUCAUCCAAAAAUCCGAUGGAAAUCGAAAUAGAUCACGAUAAUGAAGCACGAUUAAGAAACUCUUCCUUGAUAAGCACUUCUGCUGAAUCUGCUUUAUCAGUUGAACAGGAGAUGGUUCAAUCACCCAUGGCUUUCACAUUCGAUAAGCUACUUAUUUUCAGUUGGAAAGCAGUUUUAGCACUCUGGAUCGAAGAAUAA